ACUCGAUCAAGUCAUUGGUAGUUGGGGGCGUCUCCACCAUUAAUGUCAUACUAAUUAGAGUGCCUAAAUAGGAAAUUAUGCGUAUCUCCCGAUGGGGAAGUCAAUUUGCAGAGGCUGCGAUAGAGGUGCGCCUGCACUGGGCACGACCCGUUUUUGCGGCUGCACAAUCAGAGGAACUUUUAGCAGUGCCUGAAUUACCCUAAGCAGAAAUUGGGGUCUCUAGGUUUACGAAUUUCAUGUUGGGCAAUUAUUGGUUCUGGAGUACUUUGGGAAUAUGCCUAAUCUGAACCCCCCUUCGCCCCAAUCGGGUCUAAUUGGUCCCCCCAAAUCGUCCCUCACUGCUGUCCCAACAGCCCCACGGGCUCACAGGCGCCUAAAUAAUCCUUCAAUAUACGGGCUGGCGUGCCCCAGAGCCCAAUGGGGGAAUGUAAUGGCGUGUGUAACUUCGCUGCUGCUGGGACGUCUGCACGAAGCACAGGCACCUGCGCAAAUUAGACGAUGGAUGUUCCUGUCUGACUCACUGGAGCAUGGACCUGUCACAUGUUGCAGAGAGCCUCGAACGUCGGGCUAUGACGAUAGACGCUAGCCAUGCGAGGGCCUUCCAGAAGUUUCAUAUGCAGUUCAAAAGCUGAGCCCGAUUCAUUGGGUCCAAAUUCUAUGCUUUAGUGUGUAAGAAACGGUUUUCAUUUAAUUGAUAUAUGGUGCAGGUUUUCUACUACGAGGCUUUGGUGUGUACAAAACGGCUAUACUGUUCACUAAUUAUUUGAUAUGCAUGCUGU